AUGUCUCUGGGUAUUGUAGUGCUGGUCGGUUUUGCACUGCUGUUGAACGGCUGUGUGGGUUAUAGCAGGCAGAAGGUGCGUGGUUCAAGCCAGGUGAUCAGCCGCGAGUUGGAUAUCUACCUGUGCAACGGGAGCGAGUUCGUGAGCGUCUACAGCAAACUGGAAAAGUGUGUGAAGGUAAUUUAUAGUUUCCCUGGAAAUGUUUGCCACCUGGCAGAGAACCUUUAUAUUCUCUGCGCAAAGGAUGGGAUUUACUGCAUACUGCUGCAAAACAGAGUCUCUUCUUUGAAAAGCUGCAUACAACAGAAGAACGAUGCCCUGAAGCACUUAAAGCAGGUCUUCAACAUCUGCUGCAUGCUGCUGUCCAAUCGAAGGGGGAGAAAAGCAUCCCAGUGCAAGCAGCCAAUCAGCUGCCACGUUUCUACCAGGUGGAGCUGCUUGCUUCUCCAGGAUGCCCUGAUCUUAACCUGCCUUCUAGAAAACUCCAUCGACUACGUUCUAGAGCAAGGCUGGAUGCUGUCCAUUCAAGUCACCCCACAAUCUUGCCCUUUGACCCCCGAGACAGCAGGUUCCGCUUGGACAUACGCCUUCCCCUUCGAUCACAGCCGUGGAGAUUCAGAUUGAGAGCUCCUCAUUGGCUGAGCUCUGUGGUCUGCAUCAUUCCAUCUUGUGCCACAUCCAGGAAAAAAAGAGUCAAACCAGUGCCUGCCAACAAGGAUUUAAAAAAGAUCUACCUAAAAUUAUCAUUGCAAACCAAAGACAAUGAACCUCGAUUAUCUGCCUCGUCUGUGAACACAGCGCCUCAGAGAGCUCUUACAUCAUGCUGAGGUCAGCCGGGCCAGGGGACUCUUUUACUCCCUCUCUCCCGUCUCGCAUCCCUACCCGCUAUCACUCUGUCUUCCUCUUUCCCUCCCUCCCCCCUUUUACAAAUUUGAAUCCUGCAAUGAGAUACUUUGCCAGUUGAGAGAUUAUGUAGUGUACAAAUCUGUGUGCUGCUGCAGUCUCUACCGGCUGGUGGAAUAAGGUCGCUCUGUCUCUCUGUCUCGGUCGCAGGUGCUCUCCAAGGAGGUGCAGGGGGUGAGGGAUUGGAUGAGCCUCGGCCUGGAAGCAUCGUCCAGCACACCUGAGCUGCUGGUAGGUGCUCCACAUCUACCAGCAGCUCAGGAACACACUGAGAGAGGUACUCAGAACCCCCUCAACAGCACUGUGUGGGGUUCAGCCCACCUGGGCUUUAGGGCUUAAAUCAACACUGCGGCUGAAACAACAGCAAAUAAGUACCAGAAAAUACCUUUCUUCAAGAGGAAUCUUUGUUUACAUCUAAUCACACCACAUUUUUGGAACAUCUGCCUUAAAUAUUUUUUAAAACGAUGUGUUGUAAAUUGCAGGAGAGUCCCUUAGCCUCUAACAAAGAGGAAACCGUGUGUAAAAAGACUGUUUAUUUGCAAUCAGCAAAUAACUACAGCCUGUAUUGUUCUCAGAUUAUCAACAGGUUCAGAAUGCCACUGUGCCAAAACCUCUCCACCCGCCACCCUGCCAUCAAAUAACGAAUAAAAUGACCACAUUCAGCGACUUCCGGAAGUCUUUUUAGUCUUGAUAGAUCUGACGUUUCCUGAUGCUGUUUUUUUUGUUAGGAUGCAGACUGUCUAUCGCCAACACCAUCAAGGGAGUUUAACCCUUUCAGUUCAGUAUCUUAGCGCUGUAUGUUAAGGUCUGCUGUCGGAAAUCAAGUUGCAACCUCACGGGACUCCUAGGUCCCAGUCUGAGGAUCUUUAUACAUAUAUGUGUAAAAACUUUUUCUUUUUUGUCUUGAUCUCUUGUAUACCCAAUAAACGAGUUUAUUGAGUUUAUUCUUCAGAUCGACAAAAAUAAUUCAGGCCUGAAACUUGGUAUGGGUAUGAAAUACUACAGUUAUCUUUACUAAGUAUUCUAAUAGUGGUUACAAGAGCAGUACUUGAAAAUUAGACACUUCAGAGCUUU